AUGGCACAUUCUGGUUCAGUCGACGACCAGGACUCUCCUUCAGCAGCAGCGGCAGGAAGCUCGGUGAAGUCAUGGCUUCAGAGACGGCGACGACACGUACAUAGCCGUCUCUCUGCUUUUCACGCCAGCAUACCAUACGUGCGAAAGCUACCCCUGGCUGUCAUCGUGAUCGUCAGUUCGCUCAUCCUGGUCAACCUCGUGGUGUGGGCGAUAUGUGGCCUGAUUCUGUCUUCGCACACCCACCUCUUGUCCACCGCUGCCUUGGCCUACACGCUGGGCCUUCGACAUGCCCUUGACGCCGACCACAUUUCUGCCAUUGACCUGAUGACCCGCCGACUCAUAGCCACGGGCCAGAGACCGGUGACAGUGGGCACCUUCUUCAGCCUGGGCCACAGCACCAUCGUCGUCAUCACGUCCAUCGUGGUGGCAGCCACCGCGGCAGGCAUCGCCGGGCGCUUCGACAGCUUCGGCACCGUUGGCGGCAUCAUCGGGACGUCUGUGUCGGCAGCAUUCCUGAUCCUCCUGGGCAUCAUGAACGCAUACAUUCUGUACAAGCUGGUCGUACAGAUCAAGAAGGUCAUCCGCAUGCGGCCGGAGCAGGAGGCCGAGGAGGCCUGGAAGAUCGAAGGGGGCGGCUGUCUCUUCCGGGUGCUGAAGAAGAUGUUCAAGCUCAUCGACCGUCCGUGGAAAAUGUAUCCCCUCGGAGUCCUUUUCGGCAUGGGCUUUGACACGAGUUCCGAGAUUGCACUCCUGGGGAUAAGCAGCAUUCAGGGGGCCAAAGGGACCAGCAUCUGGCUUAUCAUGAUCUUCCCCGUUUUGUUCACGGCUGGGAUGUGUCUUGUUGACACGAUCGACGGGGCGCUGAUGAUGAGUCUGUACGUUGCCCCGAUGGGCAUGGGCGGUGACGAGACGAGCAAGAAGGGCCACGCAGGCGAAGAGGCCCAGAACCACAGACCUGCCGAGCAAAUCUUUACAACAACGGACGAGCCAUUGAUCCUGGUCGACGUUGAGCAAUCGGCCAUGCAACCCGCUCCGCCAGAGCAGCAGCAACAACAACAACAGCAGGAGCUGGCAUCAGCAGGUCAACAGCCAACAGCAGCACGAGUAAAAGAUCCCCUGACGUUUCUGUACUACUCGAUCGUCUUGACGUCUCUGACCGUGCUCUGCGCCGUCAUCAUCGGCAUGCUCCAGCUCCUCUCGCUGAUCCUCAACGUCGCCUCCCCCAGGGGCCCGUUCUGGGACGGCGUCGCUAAGGCCGGCGAUCUCUACGAGGUCAUCGGCGGCGCCAUCUGCGGCAGCUUCGUCGUCGUCGGCGGCAUCAGCGUCCUGUGCUACAAGCCUUGGAGGAGGUGGGUGGAUCGGGAGAGAGAGCGGUUGAGAGGUGCUGUCCCUGCUGUGCCCGCAAGAGGCGACUUCGACGCUGGCGAUGAGGAAGGCAUUGUCACGCGUGUCGAGGACUCGGCUCGUGGUCCUGCAGGAGGACGAGGAGGCGACGACCUAGAGCGAGGUGCAGUUUUCGUCCGCGAGGAGGAGCUGGUUUCUGUGGACGGCAAGGGCAAGACGAUGCACACGCACAGGGAGAGGGUUGGGGGGCAAGCCCUUUGA